AUGUCAUGGUUAAUAAUUUUCACUAAAGCAGAAAUGGUAAACACAAAGAAAUGCAUAUUUGAGAAGAACACAUGUUGGACACAGAGAGCGGCCAAGAACAGAUACACGGGCAGGGUCAGUGGAUACAGAAGGGGCAUGUACAAUGGCGAUACGCCGAUCCCUCCUGGAGACAUGUCAAUCGAGGCUUGCAAUGAGCUAAUUCGAGGUUUCCCAGGAGCCGCGAUGCAGACCCAUUCACUCUCUGCCGGACAAGCUGCAAGACGCAUGCACCAAGACUGA